AUGAAGGAGGAGAGUCACCGAGAAGUGCUGCUGCUGCCGCAGCAGCAGCAGCAGCAGCAGCAGCAACUGAUGCCACAGCAGCCGCAGCAGCAGCAGCAGCAGCUACUGCUGCUGCAGCAGAAGCAGCCGCAGCAGCAGCAGCAGCAGCAACUGGUGCCACAGCAGCCGCAGCAGCAGCAGCAGCAGCAGCUACUGCUGCUGCAGCAGAAGGUGCAGCAGCAGCUGCAGCAGCAAGUAGCUUGGUUAUCAGCUCAGAUAGCAGCAGCAGCAGCAGCAACAACAGCAGCAGCAGCAGCAGCAGGAGCAGGAGCAGCAGCAGCAGCAGCAGCAACAGCAGCAGCAGCAGCAGCAACAGCAGCAAAAAAAGAAGAGGAGAAUGAACUGGGGCCCAAACCCAUAACCCUGAAGGGGCCCCCUGCAGCAGCAGCAGCAACAGCAGCAACAGCAGCAGCUGCAGCAGCAGCAGCAGCAGCAAGGUUCCUUCUCUGGCGCACCGCAUGCAUGGGAGGGAUAUGGGGCUGGUGGUUUUGCGGGCCCCCACAGCAGCAGCAGCAGCAGCAGCAGCAGCAGCGGCUGCGGCGGGUACAGCAGCAACAGCUACAGCAGCAGCAGCAGCAGCAGCGAGGGGGUGUGGGGCCCCCGCGACAGCUACAGCAGCAGCAGCAGCAGCACGAACUACAGCAGCAACUACAGCAGCAACUACAGCAGCAGCAACUACAGCAGCAGCAACUACAGCAGCAGCAACUACAGCAGCAGCAGCAGCAGCAGCAGCAGCAGCAGCAGCAGCAGGUUUCAUAUAGAAGCAGGAGACUACGAUGCCUUUGGGGGCCCCGUUGUUGUGAAUGGGGGCCCCACCGGGGACUGGGGGGGCCCCUUUCCUUGGGAUAA